AUGGCGGAUCAAGUAGAAGAACUGUGUGAAGUUCUCACAAAAGUUGGCAUGAUCCGCGAAUGUGAAAAACGUGGCUUAUCUACGGAUGGAUGCAAGAAAGAGAUGGCGCAAAGAAUUGUCAAUUAUGACACGACGACGGUUGCAAACGAUGGCUGUGUGCGUGCUACAGACGGAGUACGAAACGGCAAGCAAUACGACGACAACGAUGAGAAUGAUGGCAAUAGCGCAAAUGAUGACGAUAUCAAUGACGACGAUGAUAGCCAAAAUGAAGAGGACAGCAAGAACCUAGACGAAAACGACGAUGGAGACAGCGAAGCAUCUUCUAAAUUCCUUACGGCGAUGGCGAAGCUACACAAACGAACAUCUACGCCGAAAGAUCAUUACGUGUCGGAACGGUAUCAACCGUAUUCCUUUAGAGAUGUUGAGGAUAGCAUAGACACAUUCAGCGCUGAAGAUGGACAGGACAUUAAGCUAUGGAUGUCACAAUUUGAAGCGAUAUCUCUUACAGCUCUUUGGAACGAAGAACAAAAGUUAAUAAUGUGUAGGAAAAAGUUGGCUGGUACAGCCCGGCGAUUUAUGUUUACGCAACGAGAUCUCACUUCGUUCGCUAAACUAAGGAACGCUCUGAUUAAAGAAUUUGCACCGUUUGUACGAGCGAGUGAUAUACAUCGUCAGCUAGCAGCACGAAAGAGAAAGCCGAUAGAAACCAUCCGUGAUUACAUCUACGAGAUGCAGCGUAUUGCUCUCUCCAUCGAUCUCGAUGAACCAAGUACGUGCGAAUAUAUAGUCGAUGGUAUAACCGAUGACGAAUUCCACCGAUCGUUACUCUACGAAGCGCAAACGAUUGGAGAGUUAAAGGAAAAGCUGCUCAAUUACGAAAAGGUACAAAAGAAAACGGUUGCGAAGCCGAGUGCACACGACGGUCAGCUGAAGAAAAAAGAGCAACGCGAUAGAGACACAAAGAAGAUGUCCAAUAAAACAAGCUUGACGAAGCAUUGCUUUAAUUGUGGUGGUGCCGGACAUAUAGCUGAUGAUUGUCCUCAGAAACGCGACGGGCCGAAGUGUUUUAACUGUAACUUGUUCGGGCAUUUGUCGAAGAACUGUACGAAGUCGGCAGAAAAGCCUAAACGGUACGAUGGCGUUAACAAGAAUGCAGCAAAAGUGAAUACAAUAAGUGGCAACAACGUAAAUCCGCACGUGUUGGUUAAAAUCGGCAAAUACGAAGUGCGCGCAACCAUCGAUACCGGUAGUGAAAUCUCUCUGGUCCGAUACGAUUUUUGGAUGGAUCUCGUAAAAAACGGCGCUCAGUUGAAUACGUCGAACAUGAAAGUACGCGGCUAUGGUGGUUCGGUGAAAGAAGUGUGUGGCAAGUCCAUGCUUAACGUAUCGAUCGAAAAUGAAGUGUUUGAAAUCCUUGUUUAUGUUGUGCCGAUUGAAGCGAUUGAUAUGGAAAUGCUUAUUGGGAUGGACUUUCUGUGCAGUGUCAAUUAUUCCAUUACCCCGCAAGGUGUUAAAGUUGAAAAAUUUCCGACGAAAGAACCAGAAAGUGACGUGAAAUGGAUUCGCAGAAUCGAAGAGUACGUUGGCACAAACGAAUUUGAUGUUCCUCACAAAUACCGUGACAAAGUUAUUAGCUCUAUUGAAAGCUACAGUCCAGAAGCAUCUGUUACAGCCGCAAAUAAAUUGAAAAUUAAACUGUGCGAUAAUGAAGUUGUGUGCGUGAAUCCGCGACGGUUGGCUCCUCUCGAGAAGGAUGUUGUGAAAAAGCAAAUUAAUGAGUGGUUAGCUAACGGUAUUAUUCAGCCAUCCGAGAGCGAAUAUGCGAGUGCUGUAGUAGUUGUACCGAAGAAAGACGGAUCGCGUCGCGUGUGUAUUGAUUAUCGCGAGAUCAACAAAAAAAUGAUUCGUGACCGAUGCCCAACUUCGAGGAACAAAUUGAUAAGCUGUCCGAUGCGCGAGUGUAUACAACUUUGGAUUUGGAAAAUUCAUAUUUCCACGUCCCUGUGGAUGAAGAAAGCCGAAAAUAUACAUCGUUUGUGA